AUGUGGCACAUGGAGAUCAAGCACUUCUGUCCCAGGACGCCUGUCAUCCUGGUGGGCUGUCAGCUGGACCUGCGCUAUGCUGACCUGGAGGCUGUGAACCGGGCCAGGAGGCCACUCGCCAGGUAUAGAGUAGAAUCAGCAUUACAUCAUCAUGUGGCUGCUUUUCAUUGACUAGAUCUAUACAUGUUUGUGUUAGUAGUUACUGUACAUAGUUUCAACUGACAUUUUAUUCUAUGAAUCAAACCUAGGUUGACAUACUUUUCAAUAAAUAAUGACUUUGUAUUCUUGUGUAUUGAGAAUAGCUCUUAUUUCGUCCCCACCAGGCCUAUAAAGCCCGGAGACAUCCUUCCUCCAGAGAGUGGCCGGGAGGUGGCUAAGGAGCUGGGCAUCUCCUACUAUGAGACCAGUGUGUUCGACCAGUUUGGCAUCAAGGACGUCUUCGACAACGCCAUUCGAGCCGCGCUCAUCUCCCGCCGACACCUGCAGUUCUGGAAAUCCCACCUCCGGAAGGUCCAGAAGCCCCUCCUACAGGCGCCCUUCCUGCCGCCCAAAGCACCGCCCCCUCUCAUCAAGAUUCCAGAGUGUGUCAUCAACAACAGGGAGGGUCCUGGCCUCCUAUUGGACAGUCCUCUGUGUGCUGAUGUCAUGUUCAUCCUUCAGGACCACAUCCACGUCUUCGCCCACAGGAUCUACCUCUCCACCUCCUCCUCCAAGUUUUACGACCUGUUCCAGGUAGUGUCUUUGUCUGGUUCCUCUCUAGGUUUCUUCGUAGGUUCCUGCCUUUCUAGGGGUUUUCCCCCUAGCCACUUUGCUUCUGCCUCUGCAUUGCUGGCUCUCUGGGGUUUUAGGCUGGUAUCUGAAGAGCACUUUGUGACAUCUGUUGAUGUUGUUUUUACAUAAAAAAAACGUUCUAAAUGUGAUUUUGAUUUUUCCAGAUGGACUUCAGUGACGAGUCCCAGUGCCUGGUGGUGACGGAGCGGCAUGCCCGGGACUGUCUCCUCAGGACCCUGAGUCUGGACACAGAGGAGGACGUGGCUGUGCUCCCAAACCUCUCCCCCUGCUCCCUCCGGGCCUCUAAGAGCGACGGCACCCUGAAGAUGAUGAGCUUCUCUGGGAAGCACCGGCGCACCAAGCUGUCCUUGGCCUCCUGGAGCAAGGCCUUCUACAGCAUCCACAAGGAGAACGUGACCAACCCUGUGACGGGCUCCCCGGCCCACAUGACGGUGGUGAAGAUGGACUACUCCAUCCAGCUGGGUCCGUUCAGCGCCGUGUUGAGGUUCCUCUACACUGGGGAGCUGGAUGAAGAGGAGCAGGAUCUGAUGAAGAUCGCCCAGAUAGCGGAGGUCCUGGAGGUGUUUGACCUGAGGAUGAUGGUGGAAAACAUCAUGAACCGUGAGGGCUUCAUGAACCAGGAGAUCACCAAGGCCUUCCACGUCAGGAAAGCCAACCGCAUCAAGGAGUGUCUCAACAAGAACACCUUCACAGGUAAACCAUGCUUUAACGCCUCACAGGUAAACCAUGCUUUAAACCUUCACAGGUAAACCAUGCUUUAAACCUUCACAGGUAAACCAUGCUUUAGCGCCUUCACAGGUAAACCAUGCUUUAGGUCCUUCACAGGUAAACCAUGCUUUAACGCCUUCACAGGUAAACCAUGCUUUACACCUUCACAGGUAAACCAUGCUUUACACCUUCACAGGUAAACCAUGCUUUACACCUUCACAGGUAAACCAUGCUUUAACGCCUUCACAGGUAAACCAUGCUUUAACGCCUUCACAGGUAAACCAUGCUUUAAACCUUCACAGGUAAACCAUGCUUUAACACCUUCACAGGUAAACCAUGCUUUACACCUUCACAGGUAAACCAUGCUUUACACCUUCACAGGUAAACCAUGCUUUACACCUUCACAGGUAAACCAUGCUUUACACCUUCACAGGUUAACCAUGCUUUACACCUUCACAGGUAAACCAUGCUUUAACGCCUUCACAGGUAAACCAUGCUUUAACGCCUUCACAGGUAAACCAUGCUUUAAACCUUCACAGGUAAACCAUGCUUUAACACCUUCACAGGUAAACCACGCUUUACACCUUCACAGGUAAACCAUGCUUUACACCUUCACAGGUAAACCAUGCUUUACACCUUCACAGGUAAACCAUGCUUUACACCUUCACAGGUAAACCAUGCUUUAACGCCUUCACAGGUAAACCAUGCUUUACACCUUCACAGGUAAACCAUGCUUUAAACCUUCACAGGUAAACCAUGCUUUAGCUCCUUCACAGGUAAACCAUGCUUUACACCUUCACAGGUAAACCAUGCUUUAGCUCCUCCACAGGUAAACCAUGCUUUACACCUUCACAGGUAAACCAUGCUUUAGCGCCUUCACAGGUAAACCAUGCUUUACACCUUCACAGGUAAACCAUGCUUUACACCUUCACAGGUAAACCAUGCUUUAACGCCUUCACAGGUAAACCAUGCUUUACACCUUCACAGGUAAACCAUGCUUUACACCUUCACAGGUAAACCAUGCUUUAGCUCCUUCACAGGUAAACCAUGCUUUAGCGCCUUCACAGGUAAACCAUGCUUUAGCUCCUUCACAGGUAAACCAUGCUUUACACCUUCACAGGUAAACCAUGCUUUACACCUUCACAGGUAAACCAUGCUUUAACGCCUUCACAGGUAAACCAUGCUUUAACGCCUUCACAGGUAAACCAUGCUUUAAACCUUCACAGGUAAACCAUGCUUUAACACCUUCACAGGUAAACCAUGCUUUACACCUUCACAGGUAAACCAUGCUUUACACCUUCACAGGUAAACCAUGCUUUACACCUUCACAGGUAAACCAUGCUUUACACCUUCACAGGUAAACCAUGCUUUACACCUUCACAGGUAAACCAUGCUUUAACGCCUUCACAGGUAAACCAUGCUUUAACGCCUUCACAGGUAAACCAUGCUUUAAACCUUCACAGGUAAACCAUGCUUUAACACCUUCACAGGUAAACCAUGCUUUACACCUUCACAGGUAAACCAUGCUUUACACCUUCACAGGUAAACCAUGCUUUACACCUUCACAGGUAAACCAUGCUUUACACCUUCACAGGUAAACCAUGCUUUAACGCCUUCACAGGUAAACCAUGCUUUACACCUUCACAGGUAAACCAUGCUUUAAACCUUCACAGGUAAACCAUGCUUUAGCUCCUUCACAGGUAAACCAUGCUUUACACCUUCACAGGUAAACCAUGCUUUAGCUCCUUCACAGGUAAACCAUGCUUUACACCUUCACAGGUAAACCAUGCUUUAGCGCCUUCACAGGUAAACCAUGCUUUACACCUUCACAGGUAAACCAUGCUUUACACCUUCACAGGUAAACCAUGCUUUAACGCCUUCACAGGUAAACCAUGCUUUACACCUUCACAGGUAAACCAUGCUUUACACCUUCACAGGUAAACCAUGCUUUAGCUCCUUCACAGGUAAACCAUGCUGCAUCACAGAUCAAAGUGCAAUGGCUCUAUUUUCUGUGCUUGAUGCGAGAGAAUGAAUCUGUUGCUUUUUAAAUGUAUUGACUAGUAAGAUCUCAUGUGUUUGGAAUUUUGGAUGGGGUUUGUGUUGUGUUUAAUGUGUUUCUCUGGGGCAGACGUCCCAUUCAGGGGGUUGUUAUAAUGUCUCUGGGGCAGAUGUCCCAUUCAGGGGGUUGUUAUAAUGUCUCUGGGGCAGAUGUCCCAUUCAGGGGGUUGUUAUAAUGUCUCUGUUUCUCAGACGUCCCAUUCAGGGGGUUGUUAUAAUGUCUCUGGGGCAGAUGUCCCAUCCAGGGGGUUGUUAUAAUGUCUCUGGGGCAGAUGUCCCAUCCAGGGGGUUGUUAUAAUGUCUCUGGGGCAGAUGUCCCAUUCAGGGGGUUGUUAUAAUGUCUCUGGGGCAGAUGUCCCAUUCAGGGGGUUGUUAUAAUGUCUCUGGGGCAGAUGUCCCAUCCAGGGGGUUGUUAUAAUGUCUCUGGGGCAGAUGUCCCAUCCAGGGGGUUGUUAUAAUGUCUCUGGGGCAGAUGUCCCAUUCAGGGGGUUGUUAUAAUGUCUCUGGUGCAGAUGUCCCAUCCAGGGGGUUGUUAUAAUGUCUCUGGGGCAGAUGUCCCAUCCAGGGGGUUGUUAUAAUGUCUCUGGGGCAGAUGUCCCAUCCAGGGGGUUGUUAUAAUGUCUCUCUGUCUCAGACGUCACCUUCAGGUUGGAGGAUGGAACCAUCAAUGCUCACAGACCUCUGCUCAUCUCCUCCUGUGAUUGGAUGGCUGCUGUGUUUGGUGGAUCCUUCAUGGAGAGCGCUAACAACGAG